AGCAGCGCGUAGCCUCGGCAGGUCCCAGAAGUUUAGGAGGGGAACUGUCCCAGCCCUGCCCACAGGGCGCUAGAGGGUCAGAAAGGACCCGCCCUUCCCCGACUGGGGCCCAACAGGGAGAAGGUUGUCCUCAAGGCCACGUGAGCCUUCCUCGCCUCUAAAAGCCCCAAACAGGCCGGGCUCAUGAGAGAGGAAAGUUAAGGACGCCCCAACCUCUGCAUCGCUGCGCCCCGGUACCGGCCGCAGAACCGCUCUGCCAACAGCCGCCUGGUCCAGCCGAGCGGAGAUCGCGGCCGCCGAGCGAUGUCCCGCCGCAGCCCGGACGGGAGCCUCGGGCUGCUCUCGCCGCCGGCCCUGCUGCUGCUGCUGCUUCUGGCCGCCGUGGUGCCGCCGGGCCUGGCAGGGGUCUACUAUGCAACUGCAUACUGGAUGCCUACUGAGAAGAGAAUACAAGUCAAAAAUGUCCUAGACAGGAAUGGGGAUGCCUAUGGCUUUUACAAUAACUCUGUGAAAACCACAGGCUGGGGCAUCCUGGAGAUCAGAGCGGGGUACGGUUCUCAAUCCCUGAGCAAUGAGAUCGUCAUGUUUGCAGCCGGCUUUUUGGAGGGUUACCUCACUGCCCCACAUAUAUAUGACCACUUCACAAACCUCUACCCACAGCUGAUUAAUAAACGUUCUGUGGUGGAUAAAGUACAGGAGUUUUUAACGAAGCAAGAUCAGUGGGCCCGGGAUAACAUCAAAAAUUACAAGGAUGACCCAUUUUGGAGACACACAGGCUAUGUUAUGGCACAAAUGGAUGGGCUAUAUGUAGGAGCAACGAAGAGGGCUAUAGUAGAAGGAACAAAGCCCAUAACCCUGUUCCAGAUUCAGUUCCUGAAUGCUGUUGGAGAUCUGCUGGACCUGAUUCCCUCACUUUCUCCCACAAAAAACUUCGGCCUGGAGUUUUUUAAGAGAUGGGACAUGGGACAUUGCUCUGCUCUUAUUAAGGUUCUUCCUGGAUUUGAGAACAUCUUUUUUGCUCACUCAAGCUGGUACACGUAUGCUGCCAUGCUCAGGAUAUAUAAACACUGGGACUUCAACAUCAGUGAUAAAGACACCAGCAGUAGUCGCCUCUCUUUCAGCAGUUACCCAGGGUUUUUGGAGUCUCUGGAUGACUUUUACCUUCUCAGCAGUGGUUUGGCAUUGCUGCAGACCACAAACAGCGUGUAUAAUAAAACCCUACUGCAGCACGUGGUACCCCAGUCUCUCCUGGCCUGGCAAAGAGUCCGGGUGGCCAAUAUGAUGGCAAACGGAGGCAAGCAGUGGGCAGAGGUCUUUUCAAAAUACAACUCUGGCACGUAUAACAAUCAGUACAUGGUCCUGGACCUGAAGAAGGUAAAUCUGAACUACAGCCUUGAUAAAGGCACUCUGUACAUUGUGGAGCAAAUUCCGACAUAUGUAGAAUAUUCUGAACAAACCGACGUUCUGCGGACAGGAUACUGGCCCUCCUACAACAUUCCUUUCCAUGAAAAAAUCUACAACUGGAGUGGCUAUCCAAUGUUGGUUAAGAAGCUGGGUUUGGACUACUCUUAUGAUCUGGCUUCACGAGCCAAAAUCUUCCGGCGUGACCAAGGGAAAGUGACUGAUAUGGAAUCCAUGAAAUAUAUCAUGCGAUACAACAAUUACAAGAACGACACUUACAGUAAAGGUGAUCCCUGCAAUACCAUCUGCUGCCGUGAGGACCUGAACUCACUGAAUCCAAGUCCUGGGGGUUGCUAUGACACCAAGGUGGCAGAUAUCUACCUGGCAUCCAAGUACACAGCCUAUGCCAUUAGUGGGCCCACAGUACAAGGUGGCCUCCCUGUUUUUCACUGGAGCCGUUUCAACAAAACUCUCCAUGAGGGCAUGCCAGAGGCCUACAACUUUGAUUUUAUUACCAUGAGACCAAUUCUGUAACUUGACAUAAAAUGGAGGGAGAUGAGAUAUCAAGGGCACUAUUUUAACUACGUUUUCCCAUUCAGAAUUAGUCUUAAUAAAAUA